CUUUACCAAAGAUAAAAUCACUGCCUACUGGACUUUCUUUAUAAUCUGUGAAACGUUGUUUUGAUAAGAAAAAAAUACAUUUACUUUUUAUAUUUGAUGUUUUGGUGUGUGUUUAGUUAAUCAGGCGAGAUGGCAAACGAAACAAUGAAUCAAUUCACUGAGGAUCUUUUGAGCGAAAAAAUAUUCCACUGCAAGAUUUGCGAUGAGCUUUGCACGUCCGAUGUCUUCCUGGUCAAAGGUAAAGGAAACGUGUGUGGAAGAUGUUUUGAAGAAAAGUGUGGGGAGGAAAUGAAAUCCAGGGCUGAAUUAAACACAGCCCUCAUCCUAAUUAUAGCCAAGCUAUUGUUGCCGUGCAAGUUUAAAUCCAAAGGUUGCGACAACAGGUUGACGUCCAAAAACUAUUCCAAGCACAUCGGUAGUUGCGAUUUUAAAACUAAACAGUGCCCGAUGAAAAAUGUUGAAGCUUGUGACUGGAGUGGAAGCAAUUCCGAAUUUGGUGGACAUUUAUUAAAGAAGCAUGAAAAACAUGUUAUUAAGGGUGAGAACAAUAUUUUUAAGGUUAAAACGUCCAUAGGGGCACGCUUCAGCGUUAAGAUAUUAUCUGAUGAUUACCAAAGCUGCCUUUUAAAGACUUCAGUUGUCGAUGAUAAAUUUUAUUACGCCUUGAAUCCACUUGGACAAUCCGAAGAAAAUAUGGAAUAUUCGGUGGAGCACAAAAGUACCGAAACAACAAACCAUUCAGUAAUAAAAACGGCAGGCACUCUAACGAAACUAAACGGUAUUUAUAACGAACUAAACCUCGACAAAAAUCCCAACGCUACUGCGGUGGACAUCGGUCUAUUGAACCACCUUGCAGACGAAAAAAAUACGAUUUCCAACGAGUUUAACUUAAAUCCGAAAGGCGUAGACGAACAUAUCUUAAAGCUGCUUGAAUGUCCCGUAUGCAUGGAGACUAUGCGGGCGCCAAUUUAUCUGUGUUCCAACGGGCAUAGUGUUUGCGUUUCAUGCAAAGAAGAGUUGGAACAAUGUCCAACGUGCAAGGGUUGGUGGGCCAAUAUCAGAAACUACUUCAUGGAAAACUUUACGAAAAAUAUUAAGUAUCCAUGCAAAUAUAAAAAAUCGGGAUGCAACGAAAUUGUCAUCGAAAGUCAGUUAAGGAAACAUGAAGAAACAUGUCCGUCACGUGUCUAUCAAUGUCCGAUGGAUUGCCCUGAAACUGGAAACUUUGAAUUCAUUUUGAGACAUUUAAAAACCAACCAUAAGGAUAUGGAAUUUACUACGGAAAUAGAAGAUACAUUUGGAUUGGAAGAAACCCUCAAAUGGAUGGUGUUUGAUUCAAAAUUAUUUAGAAUAUCGUAUUUUGGUGCUGAUUAUUCUUAUUUUGCUGUCGAAUUGGUUUGCUCAAAUGAAAACCCUAAUUUGUAUACUUACGAAAUAAAAAUUUUAAAUCAUUCAUUAGAAUGGACCUUAACAAAAUAUUCCACUUGCUUUGAAGAGAGAAAGCAGCGGCCGUUAAAAAAAAUAUCAGACUGUAUCACCUAUUAUUAUCAAAACAAUAUAAAAUUUAAUGUUUCUAUUAAAAGAAGCAUCUAAAUUAAUAAAUUAUAUUAUAUUUUUUCAUUAUGUAUUUUUAAAUAAAAUUAAAAUCCGCUCAUAAUAUGUUUUAUUCAUAAAACGCAACCAAUUUUUAAAGUUAAGUUUAAAAAAAAUAUUUCAACGCACUUGAACCACAAAAAACCUCAAUAAACUACUAAAUAAUUGCCCUCACAUAACACAUUUUUACCAAUAUCAAGCUCAAUAUUGAUCGCACAUAAAAAUAUGAUGUAUGUUAAUUGUAGAUCCAUUAAUUAUCUACAAAAAAGUUAAAAUGCAUUUUCACGUAAAAUUAACCGUUACGGAUAUAUCGCACUUUGAAGUGUUCAAGGCAGAUAUUGGUGCCGUGACCAGGAUUUUAGCGGUUCGUUGUACGAAAAAAUGCAUUUGACACUUUUUGUGGAGAAUUUUAUGACCAACAAUUUUCAUCCAUGGCGUUUUGACAGCGGACCAAUAGCAAGCUAGAUAAACGCAAAAAACUGACGAAUAAAACUUACUUGGCACAACCCUGAGUUGUUCAACCUGUAGAACCUGCUGAUUUCGCAUGAGUUAACGUCGCACCCGCGUUUGGGCAUCAUGCCAAUGCCUCUCUGCGGAUCUGGCGUUUGGAAGGUGUUGAUGUAGUGUACAAACGGGGGUUCCGAACUGAUCUCAAAAUAUCUAAAAAAAACUGUAAUAAAAAAAAAACGCGUCCAAAACAAUUCGUACCUUAUAACGGAGUCGCCUUUUCCGCACAGGUAUACCAGGUUCGUGUCCGGGUCGUACAAGGGAAACAUCACCCCGUUAGAAGUGUCGAGUUCCACCAUCACGAUUGGUUCGCUUAGGCAAUCCGGCGUGCGUAAACUGUACUGCCUCUCGGACAUUUUCGAAAAUCCUGUAGUGAAAACUAGACCGUGCCUGAGGAAAAUUGCCCUCGUGGCUUUGGAACCUUAACGAAAGA